AUGAAGAUCUACGCCAUCUACGUCGUCCACAACAACAUCAAGCCCGCCAAGGCCAUCGUCGACGCCAAGGACUUGACCAGUUUUGGCUUCUUCCAGCGCUCCAGCAUCGGAGAGUUCAUGACCUUCAUGGCCCAGACCAUUGCUGAGAAGACUCAGCCCGGUCAACGUCAAAGCAUUGAAGAGUCCAACUAUGUGGGCCAUGUGUAUGCUAGAGCAGAGGGCGUUGCAGGAGUCGUGAUCACGGACAAGGAAUACCCCCCUCGCGUGGCAUUUUCGCUUCUCAACAAGAUCCUGGACGAGUUCACAACUCGGUUCCCUAACAACCAGCUCUGGACACCCGAGCAGUGCUCGUACCCGGAAUUGCAGCAGUACAUUGUGACCUACCAGGAUCCCAAGCAGGGCGACACUAUUAUGAAGGUCCAGCGCGAGUUGGACGAGACCAAGAUCAUCCUUCAUAAGACCAUCGAGUCUGUCCUGGAGCGUGGCGAGAAGAUGGAGAGCCUUGUCGAGCGCUCGGAUGUACUCUCGAGUCAGUCCAAGAUGUUCUACAAGACUGCCAAGAAGCAGAAUGCAUGCUGUAUCAUCUGCUAA